GUGAGGCUGGAGGUGUCUCAGGCUUGGGGAGCGGGAGGGGAUGUAGGGAAGAAAUACAGGGAGAUUCCCGCGUGCUGGCUCUGACACCUGAGGCAGCUUGCGCCUUGGCUUCCUGUCAACCCCAGCUGUGCAUGACAGGGUUUGUCCCUCAUCUCACCUCAAAGGCAGGAACAGCUGAGCCCUUAUACGAAUCCAUGAGAACCUAGGAGUGGGCAUUUCACUUUCCUGCGUCGGGGGAACUCCCUGAGGCCUUGACCUUUGACCUUUGACCUGUGUGCAGCUUCUGCUACUCCAGAUAUGGAGGACAUGAAUAAAAGAGACCAGCCAUUCAUGAUGAUUGAGAAAAAUGAUAGCCCAGACAAUCUGAUGUUCCAUUUGAAAAAUGGAAUGAGAAGUACCAAGUAUAAACCAGUAGACUAUCAACAAUUGCAUGCAUUGACUGAAGCAAAAAAAUUAGCUUCUGCCUCUACAGAGCUAAAGAUCCGAAAAGCAGUGCAGACUUCAAAAGCAUCUAAAGAGCAGACACUAAUAAAACAACACAAGCAAGUGUGGUGGCAGGAACACCAAAGGCUAAAUGACGUCAGGUAUAAAAUGGAAUCUGAAAUAAAAUCCUUUCUCAAUGAAGAGAACAUUGGAAAUGAAUGUCUUACUGACCUUACAAAUUUUGAACAAGAGUUAUCAGAACAAUGGUGCGUGUAUCUUAAAAAUGUGAUAAAUCCUAUUCAGCAGUUGAGAGCAGAUCUGAAGUACAGACAGCAUCACAUUUCCAAGCAUUCAUACUCACAUACUGAGUUUAACUCAGUGAAAGUACUGGAAGAGGUUGACUUUGUGAAGACACAAUUGAAAGCUGUCUUUGAAAGACUUAGCCUGGAGCAACAGAAAAUAGAAAACUAUCUUUCAGACUGGAGUAUGAAAAUACUAGAUCAUUCUUCAGAAGAAAGAUGUAACCUGCUUAGUGAAGUGCCCAUGGAAUUAGAAACCUUGGAAUGCCCAUACCCGGAUUUAAAAUCUUCAGUUCUUAAUGAGUUCUAUAACUUUACAGAGAAAUAUCAAAAGAAACUUCAAGAUGUUGAUCUGCAGUUAGAAGACAUAGCCAGAAAUUUCCACUUAAGUGAAGAAGACCAAUGGAUUUACCAGGCUGUUCUGGAUCAGUAUCCUGCAGAUCUCUGUGGUAGAAGGACUCUGUAUCUCAACAUGUUACAAAGAUAUUUUCCUCACAAAUCUAGGCAUGAUUUGGUGGAACAUGAGAAAUAUUGUGAUCAGUAUCGCUUUGCUAGGGAGCAGCGAAGGAUCCUGAUAUCAAAUUGGAAUAAGAACAGGAGAGACUUUAUGAAGAAGGCCGUACUGACACUUGCUGAGGCCUGUGCAGCACAUGCCAUGGAGGGCACGUUGGCAAAGGAUAGGAGAAAGCAACAGGAACUGUGUGCUCAUCUGAAAGCCAAGGUUCUUCAAUGGCGAGCCCACCAGGAAGAAGUAGCAAGACUGGAAAUGGAAAUUUCUGCCAGAAGAAGAGAAAAGGAGGAGGAGAGAGAGAAGCUAUGGAAGAAGAAGGAAUUGUUUCAAAGAGCAGAGAAGAAAAAGAAAAUAAGAAAAUAUUGGGCUAAAAAAGAACAGAAGUGGCAAGAAGUGGAAAUGAGAGAUCUUCAGCGUCUAGAAGAACUGAAGAAAUUAAUGGCUGAACAGUCAGUAAAAGACAGAGAAAGGGUUAAAUAUAGACAAGAAUUACUGGAAAAGCGUUUGCUGGAGAAAAAAGCAGUGGCCCUCCAAGAAGCUCAUGAAGAAGGCGAGAGAGAGAGGCGACUAGAAGCCCUUAGGAAACAGGUUGCUAUUGUUGCUCAAUUUGAUCCUGUUAGAAUGAUGUCAGACACAAUGGCAUCAAAAGCAAGAACGGGUAUUGGAACUGAAGAAGAAUUUAUUCUUCAAAAGCCACUCUUUACAUUGAAUACAUACAAUGAAUAUCAGAUAAUUUCUGACCCUAGACUCCGUUUUGAGUUAGCAGUUCGAGAAGCUGGACUUCAUAAAACAUUUUAUGCCAGAGAGAUAUUACCAAAAAUCAGUCCUCAAAAACCUCCAAGAAAGGAUAUGGAGUCUACUGUAUUUAAAAUCUAGAGUUCUUCUGUAAAUCCUAUUAUAUGUAAACAAGAUUUUUCUUUGAAUACAUUUAUAUAGAUAACAAUUACUACUUUCCAAAAAAUUUUAAAAUAUCAGACAUAGAAAUCAAAGCAUUCAUUAACACAACUUUGUCUUUUAUGACUCUUAGAAUUUCAUGCACUAUUUCCUAUAUCUUUGUUAUGUCUGAUAGUACUGAAUUCAGCAAGACUAUGGAACAUAAUUAUAAUGCAUAUGAUACAUAUAUUAUUGUUCAGUAAGCUGCAUAUUGGAGAUUGCAUUAUCCCAUGAAAAGACCUUAAAAUAACCAUUUUCAGGAAUUACAAUUUAUGUUGCUACUACCUGCUAAGGUUCAUUUCUGCUUGUUAUUUCAGAAUUUGACUUUUUAAUUAUGGAAGCUCCAUUAUCAUUAAUACUUCUAUUUCUUGAUUAUUAUAAGAGGAGACUCAACCUUUUUCUAAAUUUAGAAACCAAUUUGGUGUACCAUGUUUACUGCAAACCAAUCAUCCAAACAAUUUCAUUUUGCAAAUUAGCCUUUAAAAAUAAAUUAGAAAUUAGGAACAGCACUUCAAGCAUGGGAAUAUCUGUUUGGGCUUAGAAAAAAAUGUAUUUGUGUGGUUGUUUAGAAAGAAUAUUUUACAAUUUAUAAUAUUUCAAAUGUUAUCAAAAAUUCCAAAUUAUUUAAUAUCUAGAUGGUUUUAUACAUAAAGAGCAUUUCAAAUAAAUAUCAACCAUAUAUGUCUACUUUAAAAACUUGGUUAAUCAGAAUCACAAGUCAGUGUUGUUGGAAGUUGCCAUUAUUACUGUUAAGACUACCUCCCCCACUUCUUUUUCUUUCUAUUGCAACUUCCUGCCAUUUCCUCCCUACCUCUAGCCCAGAAUUGCUGUUAUUGGAGUAAUGCAAAAAAAAAGACCAGUCUGACUGGUGGAAUAUUAGGUUUCAUGAUUAUUCCCAACAUGCUGGGAAUAAAUAAUGCAGCAAGCCCAGCUCAUCAGAAUAAACCUUCACAAGAGAUUCUGUGGACAAAAUCUGUAUCUACAAUUCAUUAUAAUGCCCUCUCCAUUCAACCUUUUGCAUCAUCACAUCUCCUAAUUGGAAGAGGAGAAGGAAUCAUGAACAAGACUCAGGGCAGUGGGCAGUAGCAACAUUCUUGAGGAUGUCUCCCACCAUCACAAUGUUCGUUUAAGGGUCCUCGCUUUACUUGAUGUGAAGCCGCAGACCAUAAACCAUGAAAGCCCUGCUUUAUCAGAGCACAUCCUCUCUAUGUUGCAAGACAUAUUGUAGUCCUGUUUCUCUAAUGUCUCUCCUUCCUUAUCUGUGUGGAUGUUAUUCUUCUUAAUCUGUUUUUACGUUAACUUUAAGAUCUGAUUCUUCUUUUUGCUCAUUUAUACUCAAAAUUUGUCUUCCUCAACUUUUAGAAAUAGUUGUGACUCAAGAUAACCCUUCUAACUUCAUAGCUCUACAGUUCUCUCUUUUGUUAUAUUUGUGUAUGUUCAAAAAAUUUGCAGCUUACUUUCUGGAGAUAUUUCCUCCCCUAGUUUUAUCUGGACCUGUUAUUUCCUUUGACUUUGCUGUUCCUGUGGUGCUCAAUUUGGAUUUUCCUUGCAACAUUUUCUCAUCAUGGGACUUUGUCCUAGAAGUGAGUUUUGACUACCUGGUCUGGGAUUUCAUGGGGCCCAGAUUUCUGUGGCCCCUUCAGAGUUCACUGCAAACACUUUGUACUCAUUCAUUAUCAGAGUGUAAAACCCCCUCUUAAUUUUAUCAGAAGCUUCCAGUGAGUACUUCUUGGCUCUUUAGAGAUCUCAAGUCCAUCUGAUGUCCCUUGCUUCCCUCUGUCCUGCAAAGGUGUUGGUACAAUCAAUUCUUAUAGCUGUCAGUGGUUGCUCUUUAUCCAUUCAUAAUUUGUAGUUUAUGGGAGAACCUUGUCACUGUCACUGUUGAAGAUUAUCUCCAUUGGUGUUUGGCUUUAUUCUGCUUUUUGUUUCUUUUUAUAGGCUGCUCUGAGGAGAUUAAAAAAUCACCCCACUUCUGCUGUCAUCUUCCCAGAAUCCUUCCAAACCGAAUUAUUGAUCCUAAUGGCCUUUCAUGCACUAAAUAUGCCCACUGCAUCUCCGUAAUGAUGCCACCAUCCACCACAUAUACAAAUCUGAAAUCUGAGAGUCACUCAUACUGCCCUCCUCUCCCUCAUUUGUAGUAUCUAAUCUAUCAAAACCUACUGACUUUCUGGCUUCUAUACUGCAACCAUACAUCCAAUGGAAGAUAUUUGCCGUGUUUUGUGACUUUCUAGCCACACCAUUUUCACAUUCGGGGAUUAUUCCACAUUAUCUACCCCUCUUCCAGAGGAGAAGCUAGCCCCUCAGUUUUCCUGGUUCUCAUGAUAUAUUCUAUGGCAAUCAAAUGAACCUAUUUGAGAUUUCACUCAUAAGAGAGCUAUGUGAGAAGGUAAGAAUCCAUUUUCUGGCAAGGCUGGCAGUAGAGGCUUUCAGCUUUGGGGGGGUCAUAGUUGCAGAGCUAUUAGUAUCUAGCACUCAGGGGAGGUGAUGCUAAUAGAGGUGUGUGGGACUACCAGAGCAGCCGUGGGUCUCUGUGAAGCUGUUGCCUAACGAGUAUUUGGCUAACCUCACACACACACUCUCUGGUCUCCCAGAAAUACCUAACACUCUUUAACAAACUGCUUUUCUGUUUAUACUAGCUUAAAUGGGUUUGCUACUGUGGAUGCAGAGAUACACUGAUCUUUUUGCAGUUCCUGUUAUGCACCAACCACAGUCUCAUGCUCUCCAGUGAUAAUCCCUCUGUCUCUGUAAUCUGUUCUCUCAAUUACCAUUUCCCUUCUCUUCAGAAAGUAGGAAGAAGAGAACAUUUCAGGCUUUUUUUUUUUUAAUGUCACCUUAAUUGCUGAGUACUGUUUUUCACAGCAAUGAUUUUCACUCUAAGGAGAGGCCUGCUAAAAAUUACUUUCAGGCACCUGGGUGGCUCAGUUGGUAAAGCAUCUGACUCUUGAUUUCGGCUUAGGUCAUGAUCUCAGAGUUGUGAGAUUGAGCCCCAUGUUGGACUCUGGGGUGAGCGUGGAGUCUGCUUACGAUUCUCUCUCUCUUUCUCUCUCUCUCUCUCUCUCUCUCUCUCUCUCUCUCUCUUUCUGUCUCCUUCUCUCUCUCUCUUCCUCCCUCCUCUUGUCUCUCUCCCUGCUUGUGCUCUGUCUCUCUCAAAAAAAUUACUUUCUCUCUCCCCCCAAAAUUCAUUCUAUCUUCCCAUAUCCAAAGUCCCAUAUAGUAUUUUUUUUAAUUUACAUCCAAGUUAGUUAGCAUAUAGGGCAACAAUGAUUUCAGGGGUAGAUUCCUUAAUGCCUCUUACCCAUUCAGCCCAUCCCCCCUUUCACGACCCCUCCAGCAACCCUCUGUUUGUUCUCCAUAUUUAAAAGUCUCUUAUGUUUUGUCCCCCUCCCUGUUUUUAUAUUAUUUUUGCUUCCCUUCCCUUGUGUUCAUCUGUUCUGUGUCUUAAAGUUGGCAUAUGAGUGAAGUCAUAUGAUAUUUGUCUUUCUCUUACUGUCUAAUUUAGCUUAGCAUAAUAUCCUCCAGUUCCAUCCACAUAGUUGCAAAUGACAAGAUUUCAUUCUUUUUGAUUGCCAAGUAAUACUCCAUUGUAUAUAUAUACCAAAUCUUCUUUAUCCAUUCAUCCAUCAAUGGACAUUCAGGCUCUUUCCAUACUUUGGCUAUUGUUGAUAGUACUGCUAUAAACAUUGGGGUGCAUGUGUCCCUUCAAAACAGCACAUAUCCCUUGGAUAAAUACCUAGUAGUGCAAUUUCUGGGUCGCACGGUAGUUCCAUCCAUACGGUAUUUUUAAAUGGGACACUUGGGUGGCUCAGUUGGUUAAGCAUCAGACUCUUGAUAUCAGCUCAGGUCAUGAUCACGGUUCAUGAUCUCAAGCCCAUUUUGGGCUUCAUGGUAACAGCUCGAAGCCUGCUUAGGAUUCUCUUUUCCUCUCUCCCUGCCUACCUCUCUGAAAAUAAAUAAACAUUAAAAAAAAAAAAGCAUGAAGAAGCUGGAGCUUCCUCUACCUGGUAUAUAUUUGGUUAUUUUCUAUGGAGCCCACAUUUUCUUGGGUUUUAUUUUGCCAUCAUUAAAGCAGCUCCAUCAUCUCCUUAGCUGUGCUAGAUUUUAAUUCUAGGACACAGGUAAAGUAUGAAGUCAUUUUGAAGGUAAAAGACAUUUAAAAAAACAUUUUUUAACAUGUAUUCAUUUCUGAGAGAGACAGAGUGUGCAUGCAGAAAGAGAGGGAGACACAGAAUCCAAAACAGGCUCCAGGCUCUGAACUGUCAACAAAGAGCCCAAUGUGGGGCUCGAACCCAUGAACCAUGAGAUCAUGACCUGAGCCGAAGUCAGAUGCUUAACCGACUGAGCCACCCAGGAACCUCAAAAGGAAAAGACAGUUUUAAAGAAACUUGGAUAAAUUAGAGACUUUUUAAGAUCAAGACUCUGUUUGCCUGGAGAACUUAUGAGGAGAAUCUAAGAUACAGAAUUUUAAAGAUCUCCAUCAAAUCCCAGGAAUGAUGGAGUUUGACCUAAGGUGGAAAAAAGAUCUUAGAUUUCUACUGUUUUUGACAUCUGAUCGAUUUGUUUUGGAAAAAUGGUAUAUGCUUGAUGAUGCAUUUGAAGAUGAACACUUGCUAGAUUACUGCUGAGUACCAGAGAGGUCCUGAGGGGGAGAAUUUCCAGGAACUUAGACAUUAAGCAUUUAGGAACAGUGAAUAUUGCACUUUGAGACUCAGUGUGGGACUUGAUUAUAAUAAUAGAAUCCAUGAGCUGCAUGACCUCAUGGAAUCAAGUCUCAAUCCCUAGAGAGGAAUGUGGUAUUGAAUAUGUUCUGUUCUUGUCAUGUUUUUAAAAUCUCCAGAAAGAUGUUUUCCAACCUCUACAGCAAUUCCUCUUUUUACACUAGCAAGUGCCUAUGUCUUUUGCUUGCCCACCUCAACAGCAGUUGGGUCUAAAUUUUUCAAUGCUUUGCCUGAUUCAGGUUUGCAUUGAAGUACAUGUUUUAAUGUCACUGUUAAGCUUUACUAAUUUUACCAAAUGCCGUUUGUCUCCCCUCUGAGCGAAUGUGUUAUUUUGUAUGUGGGAAUGUAAGUGUGGGGAAAGAGGAGUUGCAUUAUUUCCCUCUGUUUUGCACAUUUUCCCAGACAUGUCAAUAUUACUUAGCACCCCAUAUGCUUAAAGCUCCUAAUAUUUAUAAAUAAUUUCAAAAACAACUUGCUUACAUUUCUUUAGACAUUUUAUAAAUAUUGUAUUAAUCUGAAAUGCUUACCUUCACAGUAUAUUUAAAACAAAUGCUGCAAAAAUUGUCCUAUUCAUAUUGAAAUAUUAUAAAAUAAAUUUGGGAAGCUUAUUAAAAGUAAUAUUUAUUUUUAAACUUACUGAAAUGAAACAAUAUGUUACUUGAAAUUGAAAACAAUUGACUUGCUAAGGGAAAUCCAGCAUAAUACAACAUGAAUUUAUGUCCACAUGGAUUAGGAUCCUGCUAUCUGGAAAGAAAAAACACAGAUACUGUGAAAAGGAUAUGUUUUCAUCCAUGUUGUUAUAUCAAUAUAACAUAGUUGCUUAAAAGGACCAGCAGAAGCCUUGGAGCUUUCUUAUUUUUAUGUUUCUAGAUAAUUUUCUUUUUUUCCUCCACUUUCUCAGUCCAAAUCUAUAGUUUAAAUCAGUUCAACAAAUAUUUACUGAAAUUGUGGCAUAAAACAAAAUCUCUGCAACCAUUAAAAAGAAUGAGGAUUGUCAUGACGGCUGCACAGCUCUGAAUAUUCUAAAAACCAUUGAAUGGGUGAUGGCAGGCUGUGUGAAUUGUAUCUCAAUAAAACUGGUUUUUUGUUUUUGUUUUUGUUUUUUUUUUCAGAAAAGAACAAGGAGAGGGGUGCCUGGUUGGCUCAGUUGAGCGUCUGGCUCUUGAUUUUGGCUCAGGUCAUUACCUUGGGGUCAUGGGGUCAUGGGAUCAAGCCCACGCUGAGCAUGGAGCCUGCUUGAGAUUCUCUCUUCGUCUCUCUCUGCCCCUCUUCCUCACUCACACCCCCCCUGCCCCUCUUCCUCACUCACACCCCCCCCAAGAUAAAAAAUAAAAAAUGAAUUAAAAAAGAACAAGGAGAGGUACAUGGCCCUUUAUGAGAAGAGAACCAAAAUAUAUUGUAUAGAUGAGAGGUGUGGGCAACAACAGAAAAAUACAUAUAGAAUGGUCUUAUUUAUGUAAAAAAAAAUACAAAUUUCUGGAAGGAUAUAGAAAGAACUGUCAGCAACUGUUACUUUUCGGCUAUUGGAAUGGGAAGUUUGGGUGGAGUAGCAACCAGAGGAGACUUCUAUGCUGUUUUGGUGUUUACAAUGAGAUUGUAGUAUUUUCAUAAUUUUAUCUCUUUAUUUUUAUAAUUUUAAGGCUGAAUAUUUUAUAGGGUGCUAUGUAUCAGAUGCUGAGGAAUCUAAGAGUUCCAGAGCCUGCAUAAACUGCCCGGUGAUGAGCAAUGCACGGCAAAGGCUUGAGGUGGAUAGGAGUCAGUAAGUGAUUAUUGACUCCAUGACAAAAUGGGUAAAUGGAUGGAUGGGUGAACUGUAAGAGUUUUGUCUUUCUAUGGCAUAACCAACUAACAAGUAAUUAUUGCUACUCUGAAUAAGUAUAAAUAUAUAGGGUAGAAAAACACAGUUUAGAAUAAACCCCUUCUUUUCCCAAAGUAGGCUUAGAAUAUGGCUUGAGGAGGGGUGCCUGGGUGGCUUAGUGGGUUAAGUGACUGACUCUUGAUUUCAGCUCAAGUCAUGAUCUCACAGUUCAUGAGUUCAACCCCGGUGUUGGGCUCUGCACUGACAGUGCAGAGCAUGCUUGAGAUUCUCAUUCUCUCUGUCUUUCUGCCUCUCUCUGCCCCUUUCAUGUGCUUUCUCUC